CGGCGAGUCGGUCCGGAUUUCACAACUAUGCAUCAAAACUAAAAAUUGUGGUUCAAGUUGAUUGGCCAAAAAUAACAAGAACCGAAAAAAGAAGAUGGCUUCACCUGCACUGCAGAGAUCUGCACUCUCGCCUUCUGCAUCCCCUCUGCAGCGCCUCUCUACCCUAAAAAAUUCCUCCUCCUCUUCUUCCCUUCCUUCCACCACCGCCCCAUCCUCCGCAGCUGCUUCCCCUUUAGAUUCCUUUGCCAAAGACCCUAUCCUCUCCCCUUUUCUCUCCUCAUCCUUCUCCUCCACUUCCUUCUCCUCCGCCGCCCUCUCUUCCGGCUCCCCCGCCUCCACUGCCGAACACCUCCACCAUGCCAUCCGCCUCCUCGAAUCCCAACUCCGCACUGAAGUCUUAUCUCGCCACACCGAACUCCUCAACCAGUUAUCAUCUCUCAAGCAUGCUGAACAUGCUCUCUCCACCGUCCGAUCCGCCGUCUCCUCUCUCCAGUCCUCUGUACGCCGCGUACGAUCGGAGCUCUCCGAACCCCACAAAUCCAUUCAGUCCAAAACACUACAGCUCUCCAAUCUCCAUUGCUCUACAGAGCUUUUGCAACACACGAUCCGUGCUCUCCGAUUGUCCAAGAAGCUGCGCGAUCUGAUCUCGGCAUCGGAGACAGAGCCUGAGAAGCUGGAUCUGGCCAAGGCAGCCCAGCUCCAUUGUGAGAUCUUGAAUAUGUGCAAUGAAUAUGACUUGAUGGGAAUCGAUUGCAUUGAUGAAGAGCUCAAUUGGAUUAAAGAAAUUGGCGAAAGACUGCGAGACGAGGCAAUGAAAGUUCUGGAGAGGGGAAUGGGGGGAUUGAAUCAGGCUGAAGUUGGUACAGGAUUGCAAGUGUUCUAUAAUUUGGGAGAGUUAAAGGUUACAGUGGAGCAACUGGUGAAUAAAUACAAGGGGAUUGGGGUGAAGAGUGUGAGUGUAGCGUUGGAUAUGAAGGCCAUUUCCGCCGGAGGCGGCGGCGGUGGGUAUGGGCCGGGAGGGGUUAGAGGGAGUGGAACACCUCAAAUUGGAGGGGGGGCGAGAGCCAGAGAAGCGCUAUGGCAGAGAAUGGGAACAUGUAUCGAUAAAUUGCAUUCCGUAGUGGUUGCCGUUUGGCAUUUGCAGAGGGUCUUGUCCAAGAAGAGAGAUCCAUUUACGCAUGUUUUGCUGCUUGAUGAGGUUAUCAAGGAAGGUGAUUCCAUGUUAACUGAUCGAGUUUGGGAGGCACUAGUGAAGGCUUUUGCAAGCCAAAUGAAGUCUGCUUUCACUGCAUCAAGUUUUGUUAAGGAGAUAUUUACUGUGGGAUAUCCUAAACUCUUCUCAAUGAUAGAUAACCUACUAGAAAGGAUUUCACAGGAUACGGAUAUCAAAGGGGUUUUACCAGCCAUUAGCUUGGAAGGGAAAGAACAGAUGGUUCAAGCUAUUGAGAUUUUCCAGACAGCUUUCUUGGCUUUGUGUUUAAGUCGCCUUUCAGACAUUGUAAAUACUGUUUUCCCUGUGUCCAGUCGUGGAAGCAUUCCCUCCAAAGAACAAAUCUCUCGGAUUAUAUCACGCAUCCAGGAAGAAAUUGAAGGUGUUCAGUUGGAUGGACGAUUGACUCUUCUUGUGCUGCAUGAAAUUGGCAAGGCCUUGCUUCUGCUUGCAGAACGAGCAGAAUACCAGAUAUCCGCUGGUCAUGAGGCUCGCCAAAUUAUGGGUCCUGCAACUCCAGCACAAAUCAAGAACUUCGCUUUAUGUCAGCAUCUACAAGAAGUUCACACUUCCAUAUCAUCUAUGAUUAUUGGACUGCCCACUAUUGCUGCAGAAGUGUUAUCUCCCUCACUGGGUGCAAUAUAUGGGGUUGCCCGUGAUUCAGUUACACCUUUGUUCAAAGCAAUGGUUGACCGUCUAGAAUCGUGCAUCUUGCACAUUCAUGAACAGAACUUUGGUGUUCUUGGCAUGGAUGCUGCAAUGGACAACAACACUUCACCUUACAUGGAGGAGUUGCAGAAGUCUAUCCUUCACUUUCGUACUGAGUUCUUGUCUAGGUUGUUACCUUCUUCAACAAAUGCUGCAGCUGCAGGGGCUGAAACAAUUUGCACCCAGCUUGUAAGAAGCAUGGCGUCUAGGGUUUUGACAUUUUUUAUUAGACAUGCUUCGCUUGUACGACCACUGUCAGAAUCAGGUAAACUCAGAAUGGCUAGAGACAUGGCUGAGCUUGAAUUAGCUGUGGGUCAAAAUUUGUACCCAGUUGAACAACUUGGUCUGCCCUACCGGGCUCUCCGAGCAUUUCGGCCUCUUAUUUUCUUGGAGACAUCUCAACUCGAAGCUUCUCCUGUUCUUCAAGAUCUGCCACCAAGUGUCAUACUGCACCACCUUUACUCCCGAGGACCUGAUGAAUUGCAGUCUCCAUUGCAAAGAAACAAACUUACACCUCUGCAGUAUUCAUUGUGGCUAGAUUCUCAAGGAGAGGAUCAGAUUUGGAAAGGUAUUAAAACCACACUAGAUGAUUAUGCUGUGAAGGUUAGAUCUAGAGGAGAUAAGGAAUUUAGCCCUGUAUACCCACUUAUGCUUCAGUUAGGAUCCUCGUUGACAGGGCAUUCUCCGGUGUCCCAAAAGCCGUAAUUUCCACUACUUGUAUUGUAAGUCCCUUAUCUUCAAACCCUUGCCCGAGGAAUUUCACCUGUGUAGUAUGUGUAUAGGCCGGCCAUGAGGAAGCUUUAUGGCUCAUUUUUGUUUUUCUUGAUUGAACUAUUAACAUCCUUGUGAUGAAGUCAGGAACACUAGAACUUUUUGUAUUGAAAGGGUCGUGCGCUUGUAAAAACAUUGGAGCUUCGAUAAUUUACCAUGUAGUAUCUCUUCUGCACGA